AUGGAUCAAUAAUCUGAGCCAAAUACUCAAGAAUAGAUUAUAAACUAAAAAGAAAUAUAAUAGUAAAUCUCACCUCAAACAGACAUCUAACAAGAAGCGAUUAAAGAAAUUGAAUAUCCUGAUUUCUAAAUCUCUAUAUAGAUUGAAGAUGCUAUUGUAAAAGAUGUAGGAUUUGGUUAAAAAUUCACAGUAUAUUUGAUUAAGGGCUCAGAUAAUCAAGGGUCAUUUGAAAUCUACAGAAGAUAUAAUGACUUCUAUGAACUAAGAGAAUUAUUAGUGAAGAAAUGGCCAGGCUGCUAUAUACCACCAAUCCCUGAAAAAGCAUUAGCAAGUGGCAAUGACAAUGAAACUGUCUAAAUCAGAAAAAGACUUAUGGAAGUCUUUUUGAUUGCCAUAACAUAAUUACCAUACAUCUAUUAUUCAGAAGAUUUUUAAUAGUAGUUCUUAAGAUCCAAUUCUCCAGAUAUUGCAAAAGUAAAUAUGAAUUUGAUUAUAAUAAGGUUUAUUAACAAUAGAAGACAAUUACAACAAGUGAAAUUAUAGAUCGAUUAAAGAUAGCCUUUCCUAAGCUUGAUGUAAGAGAUUAAUCUAACAGUGAAUAUAUGUUGGCCAUUACUACUUUUUCAGGUUAAUUGAGAAAAUCUUUGGCAAUACUAAAAACAUAUAUUGAGUAAGCUAAUUUAGUUGCACAAUAAAGAAGAAUACUAUAAGAUGAAAAAAGUAUUGAAGUAACUUUAAAUAGUGAAUUUGUUUAAUGCAUCUUUGCCAUUUUAUGAAAAGAUUAUCCUUAAUGAAUAUGUUUAUGGAAAAGAAUAAUAAUUAGUACUCUCUAACCCUUAAAAUUAAGAGGAUUAUAAAAAAUUAUUAGAAGAUAUUGUAAAUUUGUAAAUUAUAAUUUUAUUAGAAAGAAAGUAAUAAAAAAAUCAAUAGCAUUAAUUAUUUAACAGAUAUGUUUCGUUAUGAAUUGAAAGAUGCUGAAUCUAUGUAGUAAACCUUAAAUUAUAGAGAUCAAAUCAUAAUAAUCAGAGCAAAACAAGAAUAAAAAAUGAGAGAAGAUUAAGCAGAAUUAGCUAAAAUGACAGCUAAACAAUAAACUUUAACAACUAUCACUAAUUCUGCAUUCAAUAAAUCAAAAGAUGCUUCAUAAAUAAAAGUUGAAUAAAGAAUUUCAGAAGUAAAUUAUAAAUAAUAAUUAGGGAUAAUAAGAAAUAGAUAGGCUAUCUAAUUUAUAUAAUAUAAUCACAGCUAUUAUUGCAACUAAAGAAAUUGAAAAAUAUAGAAAAGCUAGAGUUAAUCAUUAUCAUAAAUUUUUGAAGACAAUAUAACAAUCAGAAACUAAAUUGUAUUAAAUUGAAAAUUAAUUUUUGGAAAAAGUUAUCUAACAUUCCUAAAAUCAAUUAUAAUCAUCAAAAUAAGAAUAAAAACUAGAAUAGUAAUAAUAAAUAAACUAAGAAUAGCAUUAAUAGUAAUAGUAAUAAGAAUUACCAGAUUAAGAAUAACCAAAAUGA